CUCGCCCCCGAGCUCCUCUGUUCUCCGUCUUCAUUCUUCGGUCAUUUGGCGGUGCAUCGAUAAUACUGCAAUCAUCUUCCUUUUGAUACUCUUUUUUCCCGGCACAGGACUUCAUCAACAACGUUUUAAUGUCACGUCCCGAAAGACGCGUCACAAAAUGGAGCUAUCAAACAAACUCCGUUGGGACCAAUUCCUGAUUUUGGCAGCAGCACUUCUGUCACCUGCAUUAACAGUGCUGUGUAAUGACAUUCUCAGCCUGAAGGUGGCAGGAGAUCCAGUGCUAACCCCCAACUCUGUGUGCUUGAGGCUGGCCGGCCUCAGCAAGCGUCAGAUGCGGAUGUGUGUACGGAGCCCUGAUGUGACGGCCUCGGCUCUGCAGGGCAUCCAGGUCGCCAUCCACGAAUGUCAGCACCAGCUCCGGGGCCAGCGCUGGAACUGCUCCUCGCUCGAGGGCCUUGGCAAGCUUCCCCACCAUAACACCAUCCUCAACAGGGGUUUUCGUGAGAGCGCCUUCUCCCUGGCUUUGUUGGCAGCGGGUGUGGCUCACUCUGUGGCCUCAGCCUGCAGCAUGGGCAAACUGCGGGGGUGUGGCUGCGAGGCCAAGCGUCGCCAGGACGACGACAAGAUCCGACUGAAACUCACACAGUUGCAGCUGCAGACCCUGCAGAAGGGCGGGGUAGGCCUUGGCAUGGCACGGUCAUUACCCCCAGAGCUAAACAGUCACCAUGGCGACCUGCCCGCUAACCUGCGCUCAAACCAUCCAUCUGCCCUGCUCAAACCUUUACCAGAAGAGCUGAUCUCCAUGCAGGAGACCUGGGAGUGGGGCGGCUGCAGUCAUGACGUCCGUUUUGGGGACCGUUUUUCAAGAGACUGGCUAGACUCCCGGGGGUCUCCAAGAGACAUCCAUGCUCGCAUGAGGAUACACAAUAACCGCAUGGGACGACAGAUAGUGACAGACAACAUGAAGAGGAAGUGCAAAUGUCACGGCACAUCGGGAAGCUGCCAGUUUAAGACCUGCUGGCAUGUUUCUCCAGAGUUCCGUCUUGUGGGUUCUAUACUGAAGGAAAAAUUCCUGUCAGCCAUCUUUGUCAACUCUCAGAACAAGAACAACGGGGUUUUCAACCCUCGGACAGGAAACAGCGCCGGCGGGAGUGCAGGAGGACUCAGUGGAGGUCGUCGCAGAAGCAUGUCCAGAGAGCUGGUGUACUUUGAGAAGUCUCCUGAUUUCUGUGAGCGUGACCCGUCUGUGGACUCUCUGGGUACACAGGGACGCAUCUGCAACAAAACCAGCUACAGCACAGACAGCUGCAGCUCGCUGUGCUGUGGACGUGGACACAACAUCCUGAAACAGACACGCAGCGAGCGCUGCAAUUGUAGGUUCCACUGGUGUUGCUACGUGUUGUGUGAUGAGUGUCGUCUCACGGAGUGGGUGAACGUGUGCAAGUAGAUUCCAGUUCUCCCAGUCACAGCUGCCUUUACCCGCCCAGGACUCAUGAUGGCGAGCCUAUCCCUUUGCCUUUCUGCUGUUGUUUGUUUUUGUUCCUUGUGUAACUCUGCCAUAGAAUCUGUUUAUUCCCCCCCUUUCCUUUUUUCAGUCCAUCAUCUGGGAUCUAUUUUCUCUUUGUAGCCGCUGUUAUUCUCAAAAUGCCAAGUCAGAGAUUGAAGAGGUGACUCAUGUCGUUUGUCUUGCCAUGGUCUGUUUAGACGCUGCCCUCUCAGCCAUGAAAAUGGCCUCUACCCCGUCUUUUCUAACCCACACAACAAAGACAAGCAACAGCAGAGAAGCUGUGGACUAGUUGUUGACUUAUCUCACGGUGUACAGUAAUUGUGUAUUUUAAUGUGUACUUGUAUAUUUGUAAAUGUAUUAUUAAUAUUAUUUUUGUGUCUCAGCCUGUGUUUUUGGUCCUGGUUAUUGGCAGACUUUGGCAGGUUCUGGUUGCACUGAUCGGACACCAUAAAUUGAUGCUCCCCCCCCUUUAAUCAACAGGUUUCAGGUAAAUUUGGCAUGUGGCAUAACAGAAAAAACAGUGCAGUGCUAGCAGACAGUAGAACAUUAGUAGCAAAAUGUCAGCAAUCUGCAUUUUCACCAUCAAUAAAUACCAGGGUUUUUUAAUCUCACUGUGAUCAAGAAAGUAUCAACUGAAACUCAAGUCCAGUUAUCAAGUCACAUGAAAACUCAACAAUGAAAAUACCUUUAUGGUAUUGAAUCUAAAUGUAGUUGAUUUCUAGGUGUACCCAAAAAUAAAUUCAAACUAACCCUUUUUGAGUCAUGGAAGUAUUCCUCGAUUACACCUUUUGAUACUGAGGUCAAUGUGAAAGAUCGACUGAAAAACGGUAUCAUAACAUUUCUGUUGGUGAAUAUGUGCUGUUGGACAAAUCCUCACAUUUUACUGUGCUCUUCUAAAGAUCUUUAAAAUAUUUACUCUGAAUGUUUUGAACACGGUACACAGACUGAGCAACAGUAAUUAUUUUGAAAAUCUUUAUAGUCUCGCAUUUUACCAGUUAUUGACUACAUAAAGGGCAUCUUUGUGGCUUCUGAAGUGUUGAUACGUGUGAUAGAAACGUUUCUGACUGAAGCAAUGACACAGUAAGCAGCUCAGCUUAACAAAGCUUUAAAUCACAAUAUUUGAGAUUGGAUAAACAACUGUUCUGGCAACAAUAAUCCUUCAAAAGAGUGAUUUCUAGUGUUCAAGCUGAUAUGACAUCAUAUCCAUGUUUUGACGGAAAUAUGCUUCCUCUUUAAAUAACUGUGAUCAGAUGUGUCACUUUCCUAUGAAACCACGACUGAGCUCUCUUAUUUUUGCUCCUGCUUUCCUUUCCAUCAGUCAGAGAGCUUCUUAGAUUCUUCCCACAUGUAGUACAUGUCAGAGUGAGAGAUGGACCUGCUUUAGUACUGAUGCUUUAAGACUGUGUGUAUGUGUGCGUGUGUCUGUCUGUUCCUGUGUAAAUGGGGGGCAAAUUCUAUGCACUUCAGAUUUGGGAGGUGAGAGCCUUUUUUAUGGCCACUUCAUGCUGAGAGAAGGACUUUUUAUGGCUGCAGGAUAUUGUUUCCUUCAAGUAUGACUUUUAUUACUGGAGAGAAGCAUGGAGAGAGUAGAGAGUGGGGGUGAUUAUACCAGUCUUUGCUUUUUGAGCGUCUGAGGGGAUCAUCUGUGCAGACGAGGUAGGGGCUUCACCAGACCAAGGAGUGCAGGGUCCCUUGUUGCCCGGGAGACAUAAUACACAAAAAAAUAAAUACAGGCACAGGAACACAUGCAUGCAUUUAUGUACAAAGACACUAACAUAGAAAAACUGGCACACAUGCACAAUUGAAAACAUGCAUGCUGUUGCACACAAAUGAACUGUCAGAGAGUUUGCAGUCUAGUUAUAUUGCAGAUUUAGCAAAACCCUAAUGUCAACACCUGACUGAAUUAAUGAUUGCAGCAUUCCUAGAUGUCUUAGAUGAUCUCAAUUGUCUCCUGGGAAAAUCUCUUCUGCCAUAUUGGGUUUAAUGCCAAUUACGUCUUGUUUGCAUGGACUUGAGUAUAUAUACCUCGACUCCUGAGGAAUGACAGUGCCAGUGGCUGAAUCGACUGUGCUGCCUGUUUGAUAUUUAGCAAGAGAAUAAAGGGAGACAGCAACGGGUGAGGAAUGAUAAGGGAAUGGAUUUCUGGUUUGCAUUUCUUCAUUCCUUUAUCAUUUCACCCUGGAGCUGCAGCAAAAGAGAAUUUCCUGUCAUUGUAUCUCCCCAUGUGUGAGACAGAGGUUGGUGGACUGCCUGCGAUUGCUUUCUCUCCCGCCAUGUGCUCCUCUCUCUCUAUACCCCCCCCCCCCCUUCUCUAGAGAGAGACACAUGCAUUGCAACACAUUGCCCCCCCCAUCCCUUAGUAAUGACAUCCAGACUGGGCUGAAAUUAAAGAGAGGGAGGCAGAGAGAGGAAGUAAGGGGAGAUAAAAGUUACCCGCUUUGAUUGACAGGAUGAUUAUAUGUAUAAAGUAAAGCGAUUUAGUGUGUUUAGUUGGAUAUAAAGAUGGGGAGAUAGAUCAUUGCUGUACGUACAGUGUGGAUGCAAAAGCAAGGGACAAAUGGGGUAUGGAGAAGGGGGUGAAUAAAGUGUACUCUGUAUAAAUACAUGCCCCAAAACAUCUGCUUCUCAACUCCCCUUUCAUUUUGAUGUGGGACAGGCAGAGAAGGAGAGCGGGAGAGAGAAAACACAAGGAGCCAGCUACCCAGAACAUCAAAGCCCCUGCCCUCAACGCGCAGGCCCUCAUUAGUUCAGCUAGCAGAACCAACGAGACUUGUGAUUGUGUUUGCUGGGGUGCACGCUGGCAGACACUUCAGAGGAAAGACUCCUUUAAGUCAUAACUCCACACCCCACCUCUCCUGCCACCACCCGAGCCCGCUGUAACCCCCCUGUAACCCUCUCAGAAUAUAUAUAAAAAAAACUCCCCUCUCACACAAACUCAGCAGGCUCCCCCACCAUCCACUCCACCCCAUAAUCUGCUCUGCAGCUGCAAACAUCUGCUCCCCUCUUUAUUCCUCUGCCCUCACCACUGAAUUGAUAAACACAUCUAUCACCAGACCACUAACUGACACACAACAGAGAGGAAGAGGUAGGCAAAUCAUGGAUGCACCUGUGGAUGAGGGGCUGAUCUCGGGCACGUCAUUCGGUCACUAUGGGUUGGUUUCGUUUGAUGGUUAAAAGGUUUAACCCACACCUAGGGUGGGAGGCGGAGUUCCUUCCUUACUCCUACAUGCAUUAUCACCUUUAGAACCACAUGAAUGUAUUGUAUUAUCUUUAAAACAUACUAAACCUUAAUAAAAAAAAGUGCUCAAUGUUAGUAAUCAGCUAUAAAAAAAGAUUAUGUUUCCAUGUUUUGUUGCCUCCUGUCCCGUCAAUUAUCUGUGACACUGAGGAUUGCUUCAAGCCUGUCACUUGGCAUCAUAUUACACUCUACUAUUUACUUAUUUAUUAUCAUGAUCCCUGUUUUAAUUAUUCAAGCAUGUUUGCCUGCAGACUCUCUUCAGCAAUUCAAAUCGGUUUAGUUGUUGAUAUCCUGAAAAGCACAGACAAAAAAGGAAUGAAACCUGCAAUGUCUAUUUGCCAGAAAUAAUCAUUUCUGUGUGAAUCUUUUAAAAAAAAAUAG